AUGGACAUCCCAGCAAGGGAUGCUGAACGCCUGCUCCAAGCUGCGGAGAUAUACUGCCGAUGGCCUACAGGAAAGCCCUUGCGUCUGCAGGGCCUAGGCAAUGAGCUGUGCACAGCGACCCUUUUAGGCGGCGUUGAGUUUGACAUGGGCGGCAUCUUCGUCGCCUGCGAGUGCGGAAGCUGCGCGACAAAACCAGCGUUGGUCGAAAACAAUGCCAUGGAAGAGAAAAGUCGCAUCAUGUCAGUGUUGGAAUUCGCCAUCCACUGCGGCGUCGUCGACCUCGUCGAACAACGACUGUACGGCAGCGAAAAUGAAUUGUACGACGACGAGGCCGCCGUACAAGCUGCUGCCAGUCGCAUGCUGACGGACCUGCUGUUCGUACUGGAGGUCCCACGUGAUUGUACGGCCGGCAACGAGGAAUACAUCGAGGAUAUGGGCGUCCGCCGAGGCGGCCGGAGGAGCCGCAUUGGUGGGGCGCCGGCCCUCCCCGUAUGUGAGGAUCACGUGAUGAACUCGUGCCUUUCCCAGAAAGAGUCAGCAGGAGCAGCAGACACAGCGGCAGCAGAUGUAGCAGCGGCAGGCGCCCUGGCGGCACAGGGCGGCGCAGGCGUGUCGGUGGGGCCCCUUGCGGGUGUUCCUGGUGACGGCGGCUGCGGCAGGCGCGGCGGCUGGGAUGGAGGCUUAUUUACCGGCAGGCUGGUCGGGUACGACGCGGAGACAGGAGCCCACCGCAUCCGGUUUGAUCCUGGCCUGCCCCUGGAGCUAUGGAGGGGCAACGAAGGAGAAGAGGAGGAGGAAGGAGAAAAAGAAGGAGAACCUGAAGGCGGCAGCGGCGGGGCCCAGGGGAAGCACGAGGGCGAGACGGCGGUAGAGGGUUGGAUCCACGUGGCCGUGUGUCACGUCGUCCUGGAUCCGGAUUCGCAGGAUUCAAAAAGGACGGCGGACGUAGGCGCGGACGAAUCGUCUGCAGCGCGGACGACGCCGAGGGCGAUAGCGGCCUUGGAUCGACGCGGCUUCCGGGGCCCUUUCCGCGGGUGUGUGGAGGUGGCGCCAAGUCACUGGGAUCCCACCCGCCUGGAUCCGUUGCUACGCCGCCACCUGCUGAAGACGACGGCUAGCCCCGAUGCAGCCGCCGCCACCGCCGGCACCCCGCCGCAGCAGCUGCCACCCGAGGCUCCGGUGAGUGACUUCCCUGCCGCCACCGCCGCCGCCGCGGGGGCAACAGCAGCAGCAUUAGUUGGUGGUGCGGUGGAAUCCGCAGCUGCAGCGGCGGCCGCAGCUAGGGGUGAUGGAAGGGAGGCCGAUUUGGGCUGCGGGGUGUCAGAUGCGGUGGCGGUGACGGCGGAGAUGGAGGCCUUGACGGUUACGGAGGUUGGCGUGGAGGCAGCAGGUGCAAGCGUGUUGGCUUCGGCGCCCGCUUAUGUGAAUCCCAGCGCGACGAUGGUGAUCAAAGGCCACACAGAGACGCGGGCAGACGCACACGACAGCGGCGGCGAUGGAGGGUCCGCAGCCCUGGGCGCGGCCUCCAUGCAAACCCCGUGCCCAACGGAGGCGGGCUCUUCUAUUGCGACCGCCACCGCCACCGCCGCGAUGACCCCGGCAGGAGCGGCUGCUGCUGGAAGCCCCGUGGAAGCCAUGGAAGCGGAUGCUGGCAGGACCGCGGAAGAGGAGCAGAUAGACGCGGACGUGGAGGUGUGCGAGGCAAUGGAUAUGGACGUGGCUGCAGCGGGGAAUGCAGUUGCCGAUGGCGCGGGCGUGAGCAGGCAGCUUGUGGCGCUGGAGCAGCAACACCACCAUGAGGAUGAACAUCAACAGGGGCAGAAGGGGACGGCAUGUGGAUCGGGAAUACAGCGCCUGGUUGGCGGCGGCAGCGUUGGAGAUGGCUCAGGAGGGGGAGGAGGAGGAGGGCCACCGGAGGCAGCAGCGACGACGGAGCUGGGUGCUGCGGCAGGAUCAGCUCCAACAGCGCGGGCGGAGGUCCCACGGCCAACAGCGGCGGUCGCAACGCCGGCAGCGGAAACAGGAGCAGCACCAAUGCCAUUGGAAGCAGGGCCCGCUGGCGGGCAGGCACCCAGGCAUCCAACCAGGGUGACGGAAGCGUCCGGCCGCGACGUGGUGACGGUGACAGAGGCGGUAGAGGCGGCAGAUGCGGGGACGGGGCCAAUCCAGGCGGCGACGGACGCGGUGGCAGCGGACGAGGGGGACGUUCUCACAGAGAUGGAGCUUUACUCCCUUUUGGGGCAGCAGCGGCAAACGCAGCAACAUGAUGGGGGGAAGGACACGGAGGGGGUGGCGGCACCAGCCAGCUACCCUGAGGCGGCUGCGGCGGCGGCGGCGGAGGAGGAGAAGGAGGCCUUGGCGCUGUGUGCAGCUAUUGUGGAGCUGGAUACGGUGGCGCUGCGGCUGCGGCUGAUGCCUGCCGCGCGGGCGAAGCUGCUGCUGAGCGUGUGGACUAUGACGUCCUGGCAGGUGCGCUACGUAGCGGAGGUGCUAGUGGCGCGGGAGCAGGGGGGGCGUUGCCAGCGGCGCGGGUAG